CAACAAUUGCACUUGUAGCUAAAAAAAAAAAAUCCUUGUCAUCAAUACACUUAUAGCUUUCCUGAUUUACAAUAUUUGUUUCAUUAUUUGAAUCGUGAAAUUUGUUUUCAAUUGUUCUCCAUACCUUCAGUGCCCACCAAUAUACUUAAUUUUAAAGGCUGAGUCACAAGAUCAAGUCAAGUAGCCUGUUCCCACGCCUGUAAGUCAUAUGUUUUAUUUGGUUUGUUCACAUCUAUUGCUGCACAAAAGUCCAAGAUCUUAUUUGCCAACGAUGUCUGGAAUAACUACACUAUGUCAACCACAUCAAAAACGCAAUUUGUCAUUUGAUGGAAUUUUCCCUGCCCUGCCGACGCCUUUCGAUAAAGAUGAAAACAUUGACUUCGAUGCCCUGAAGAAAAACUUAGCACGUUGGGAGAAGAUUCCCUUCAAAGGAUACGUGGUUGGCGGCUCAUACAGUGAGGCUCCUUCUGUUGAUCCUGGGGAAAGAUUGGCAAUCGUGAAAGAAACAAGAAAGGUCAUCUCGGAUUCUAAAAUCCUGAUAGGGGGCUCCAGUUGUCUCUCAACUAAAGCCACUUGCGAAUUGAGCAAAUCUAUGGGGGAAGCAGGUGCUGAUGCGGUCAUGGUUUUGUUGCCUUUCUAUUAUCGAACCAGAUUGAAUGAAGAAGCCAUAAUUGAUCACUUUACGACAGUUGCAAACGCUAGUCCCGUUCCACUUGUCAUUUACAAUAAUCCUCUCACCACUGGCGUUGACAUACCAAUUUCCGCUUACAUCAAACUAGCCGCUCAUCCCAACAUAGUAGCAGUGAAAGAUGGUGACGUCUCUAAACUGUCUGGAACAAAACUUGCCACACACGAACAUAAUUUUGCUGUUUUGUCCAAUGGUGCUGGCUUUUUGGUGUCAGCAAUGGUGGCAGGUGCUGUCGGCAGCAUCAAUAGCCUUGGGGCCAUUUUAGGCGAAACAGUGUGUGAGGUGCAUCAGCUCGUAUCAUCUGGACAGUAUGAUGAAGCAAUACAGUUACAAAUGAAAUUAGUUGAACCAGACUUGAUGUUGAGAAUGACGGGACACAGUGUUCCUGGCAUGAAAGCAGCAAUGGACAUUCUUGGAUACUAUGGUGGACCUGUGAGGAAACCUCUCCAACCUCUGAACAACAGUGAUCGAGAAAAAGUAAAAGAAUGUUUGAAAAAGUCUGGCUUCAUCUAAGUUAACUUAAUUAAAGUAAUUUUAGUAGAAUUAGUAUUGAUGUUUUUGUCCUUAGUGAAGAGGAAAUUUCAGUUGUUUACCAUUGACCUGCAUUCAGAUAUUUUAUUUGCAUGUUUUCUUCUUUUGUCUUGAACCAAGGAUAUUGGAACAAAAAUUUAUUUGAACCUAGGGGCUUUGGUCCGUAUUGUACGUACCGCUUCAUGGGUAGGCUUUAAGUCUGAGCCUGGAGCUUUAAAGGUCCUGGGCAUUUAAGACUAUGUCACAAGAUUCUAAAGUAGACGCCUAAAGCCGAUUUUUGAUAAAUUUAAGUGAAACAAUCAACGCGAUGUGACAAUUUUUAAUGGAAAAUUUAUUUCAAAACAUUGGUCAGUGCAGACAUAUGUUAUGGGUGUACUAAGCGGGGAGGAGAGGGCAGGGCAAGGUAAAAAUAUCUGAUUUUCAGAGUCACAUAUCUUAUGAAUGGCCCCUUAUUACAUAUGUGACAUCAGCCGAUUUCAAAAAAAUUGGUAGAAUUGAAAGGGUUUAAGAAAACCUUAACUCAAAAUUUUUUGACUGAGUUACCUUGGAUACACCAAAACAUUCUAAAACUAGAUUUAAUUUUAAGUGAGUGUCAUUAUUAGUGCUUCCAUUCUUAAUAAGUUUAACAGAUAUAAUUAUAAUUAUUUUCAUAAGGACCAUCUAGUGUAGCAUUAUAUUGUAUUUUAACCACUUUGUCUAUUUCACGGCAUCAACAAAAUCUGUGUAUGAAAAUCCAAUUUAUUUUGGAAGUUAAUUUUUAAGUGCUCUUAUUCGCUGUUUAGCUUCAACAGAUAUAAGCAUUUUUUAAGGUCCCAUGUAGGCUAUCUUUACACUGAGUUUAAACCUUUGCUGGGUAUCAUCGGAGCAUGUGCUUCAUUCUCAUGGUGAAAUUUGAUGUCAAAGUCACUAAAAAUUAACCCAAAAAUUUCCAUUUUAAUUCUGCUAGAGUCAAUUUUUUUUUUUUACCAGUUGAAUCGUACACACUUAUAGCAGAAUAUUAUAAUGGAAGUGUUUAUUUGUAUACAUAUGCCAAAAAAUCAUUUACGCAAGUAAUUUAUUGAUCUCUUGAUAAUUGAUAUUCUAAACUCUUCUGGCCAAAUCCUAACCUAGUGAAACCAAUGUUUUUUUGUACAGGCCGUGAGGUAACAAUUCCAAAUUACUUUUUCAUCAAAAAGAAUUUUUUUUUUUUUUUUUUUUUCAAAUUAUAAUAGUUGUUAUACGCACUGUGAUGAGCAUAGAAUAUUAUACAUUUCAACCAUUUUUAUUUGUAUCCUUUCUUAACUUAAAUCAUAAGUAAAUGAUAGAAUCCAAAAAUGA